AUGUGGAUUCUGAGGUAUGACUUCAAUUCUGAGAAUGGAGAGAAUGUCAAAUUCUCCUGCUGUUUGAAAGAGGGGAUUCGCUACGACAUCGGACGGUCAACCAAAAGUCCUCUAAACAUAAAGAACGACAAGAGCAUAUCGCGGAAACAUAUCGAGCUCGAAGUCAACAAUAAAGGUAUCCUUUCAGUUACCAAUACUGGAAAAUUGACUAAAGUUGAUGGGAAUACCGUGAAGCAAGGGCAAACUGUGGAAUUUCCGGUUUCUACGAGGGAAGCUUCAUUUGCAAUGGGAGCUUCGCCUAUUAAUGCUACACUAGUCAAUGAACUUGCGCUAUGGAAACUUCCCCAUAAUCUGAAUACUAUAGAAGAGACUAAGGCCGGUCUUUCUCUCUUUGGGAUCCAGGCAACCGAGUCCCUGAUGCCGAAUACUACUGCUCAAAUUGUCAAAGAACCUCAUGAAAAUUACAGCAACUGUUUGUUCUCCUUACUACGUGGUAUCUCCAUAUUACAAGAAAACUUUAUUGGUGAGUUUUUUCGGGAAUUUGACCAUGUUCAUACUGAUUUUGACUUCAAGUGGCGCGAGCUUGUCUCGAAAAGUACGCAAUUUCCAGGUUUCAAGCCUGUUCCAUCGUUCUUUCACGGUAUCAGUUUCAUUGUGACAAGCAGAAAGGCCUUUUCAAUAUUCAAACACAUUGUUGAUGCUGGGUCUGGUACCCUUUGGUUGUGCGACAACGUUCUGAAUUUAGCUGAUUUUAUUCAAAAACAGGUGCGAUCUACAACAAUAGUGCUCUUAUUUCAUAUAAAUCAUAAUAAUUCUCUGAGAUCUCCAUCUCAAGAGAGUACUGAUAUUGAUAUUCAAGAAGCAAAAUCGUUAAAGUUGGGCGCUCAAAAGUUGGGUUUCAAAAUCCAUGAUAUCAACGAUGUUACGAACGCUGUGCUGAAAAAUGAUAUUUCGUUACUAUUGCAGAAGACUUGUGUGCCAACCUUACUUUCGGAGGAGCUGCUGAAAAGAAAGCCAAGUUCUGUAGCUCCAACUGCUACCCAAUCGUCGCCCGCAGAAGACUCUCCCGAGCCAUCAAUCAGUCUUCGAGAGAAGCGCAAAAGGAAUACCCGGCUUAGAGUUCAGCCUCUGAAUAGUUUAGCCUUCUUUGGUGGUGGCUCGACCGCUUUACAAGAAUCACCAGCCACAAAAACUAAUGAAGUAGGAGGCAGUAAAAGCUUAGAUGAAAAAGAGUCGCAGCUCUUGGAGGAAGAUGGUGAGCAGCCAAUACGAAAGAAGAUGCGAAUAGCGACCAAUGAGUCAUCCCUAAAUACCACAAACCAACCGCUUGUGGGUGUCAUUACAUCUAACCCAAAAAGAACUCUUGAGGACCUUCCCGAGGAGCAAGAUUUUGCAGAGAAUCCUAGCAUAAAGCGUUCGCACAUGGAUAUUGACAGAAAUCAAAGAAGUCAUGCGGUGCUAGACCCAGCUCCCAGUAGUGCUGCAAUAGCAUCGCAUUUUCUUGAAAGUGCUGGUGACAGAAAUGAAGAAGAAAUAACCUCCAUUGAGACAGGUGGAAACAGGUUGAGUGAAGGUUCAAAAAUUACACUUCGCAAUGGAGCACGCUCAACUUCGUUUGUAAAAGCUAUACAAGAAACCAAAUCUCAUGAGGUGGGAAGGAUUAAAGAAAAAAUGGCAGAUGUGCACGGCGAGGAGCUUACUGACGAAGCAAUCCAAAAACUUGAUAAUUUGGCUAUCGUCGAGAAGAAAAACCUUCUGCGCCCAAGCACCAAGAUGGUACAAACUCGAGAGACUCAAGGUUCAGGCAGUAACCCGCUUUGGAGCGGUCGGAAGAACUUUAAAAAAUUUGUCAAGCAGUGGCCUUCUCAAUCAUCUCGAGCUAGCCCAGAUAGCGCCGCUCUUGCGAUUCGGAAUAAGGCAUAUCUGAUAACAAGAGACUAUGUUUCUUUGCAACCAUAUGAAGAGCGCAAAAGUCCCCCUGCCGAUGAGACUUUUGAAUUAUCAGAGAAUGAUAACAUUCAUGGAGAAAAUAACAUUCAUGGAGAAAAUGGCAUUCAUGGAGAAAAUAACAUACACGCAAGUACUCUCGAAAACUCUGAACCUAACCUUGGGGUGCAGGUGGAAGACGAGCCCCGGUUUACUUUUACAAGUCAGCGUAUUAAGCAACCGCAAGGAGAACGGAAUGUGAGCUCCCAUUCUGCUAACAAACAAGAGCUUUUCAUUGUUGAUGAUGAAUUGCAAGAGCCGCCCUUCCAAGAAGGGCCACCGAAAAGAUAUACCGACGUGGAGGAUACGGGUCAUGAUUUACUACCUUUUGGGAGAGAGUACGGGCCAAAGAAUUCAGGCGCUCGGGCUCGUCUUGGCCAUGGUAGUGAUGAUGAUGAUGAUGAUAGUGAUGACGAGCCUCGGUUUCAAUUUCGCUCCAGAAAGUGA